CCUCGGGGCGAGGCGGGGCGAGCGCGGAGGCGGAAGUUCCCCGCCGGGCUGAAGGGGACGGCGCAGGCAUUAGGAGCCACUUGUCAGCGCUGCUCUGAGGCGGAGGCUGCGCCAAGCGGGUCCGGGUUUCUUUCAUUGAGUUUGGAACUGCACAUUGAACCCUUGGAACCAUGAGCAACUACAGUGUGUCGUUGGUCGGCCCAGCUCCUUGGGGUUUCCGUCUCCAAGGUGGCAAGGAUUUCAACAUGCCCCUGACCAUCUCUAGUCUGAAAGAUGGUGGAAAGGCAUCACAGGCACAUGUGAGAAUAGGCGAUGUGGUCCUCAGCAUUGAUGGAAUUAGCGCACAUGGAAUGACUCAUCUUGAAGCCCAGAACAAGAUUAAGGGUUGUACAGGCUCUUUGAAUAUGACUCUGCAAAGAGCAUCUGCUGCAGCCAAGCCUGAGCCCGUUGCUGUCCAGAAGGGUGAACCGAAAGAAGUAGUUAAACCUGUGCCCAUUACAUCUCCUGCUGUAUCCAAAGUCACUUCCACAGCCAACAUGGCCUACAAUAAAGCACCACGGCCCUUUGGUUCUGUGUCUUCACCCAAAGUCACAUCCAUCCCAUCACCAUCGUCUGCCUUCACCCCAGCCCAUGCCACCACCUCAUCACAUGCUCCCCCUCCACCCGGGGCCGCUGUCACUCCUCCCCCAUUCUCUGCAUCCGGACUGCAUGUUAAUGCCACUCUUAGUGCUGACCAGUGUUCAUCUGCACCGAACACUGGUAAAUCUGCAGUUAAUGUCCCACGGCAGCCCACAGUCACCAGCGUGUGUUCCGAGCCUGCUCAGGAGCUAGCAGAGGGACAGAGAAGAGGAUCCCAGGGUGACAUUAAACAGCAAAAUGGUAACCCUGGCACUGUGAAAAUUCCACCUAAACGCCCACCGAGAAAACACAUUGUGGAGCGCAACACGGAGUUUUAUCACAUCCCCACUCACAGUGAUGCCAGCAAGAAGAGGCUGAUCGAGGACACUGAAGACUGGCGCCCACGGACUGGAACAACUCAGUCUCGUUCUUUCCGGAUCCUUGCACAGAUCACCGGGACCGAACAUCUGAAAGAAUCUGAAAAUGACAAUACAAAGAAGGCAAAGCUCUCCGGCCCUGAAAACUCUCAGUCCCUCCUGGAUGCACUUUGCAUCAGCACUGUUCCCAAGCCUCUAGUUUUUUCCUGUCUUCAGUCCUCCGAGAAGUCAAGUGGCUCUAUCCAUGUUAAGAAAAGCAGUAGCACUCAGGAGCCUUCUCAGCAGUCAGCGUCACCAGGAGCUUCACCUCUGAGCAAGUCUGAGAGCCUAGAGAGCCCAGGUUCAAGCAAGCCUGGGGUGACUGGCCUCAGGACCGCGGCUGCCUUCAAGCCUGUAGGAUCCACCAGCACCAUCAAGUCACCAAACUGGCAGCGUCCAAGCCAAGCAGCACCUUCUACUGGAAGAAUUACAAACAAUGCAACUUCUUCAGGUACAGGGGUCCCUGCGAACUCAGCUGUGGGGCCGCCAAGUGACCAAGACACCCUCGUGCAGAGAGCUGAGCACAUUCCAGCCGGGAAGCGAACUCCCAUGUGUGCUCACUGCAAUCAAGUCAUCAGGGGACCUUUCCUUGUGGCUCUAGGGAAGUCCUGGCACCCAGAAGAAUUUAACUGUGCUCACUGCAAAAACACGAUGGCCUACAUUGGAUUUGUUGAGGAGAAGGGAGCACUGUAUUGCGAGCUAUGUUACGAGAAGUUCUUUGCUCCUGAAUGUGGCCGCUGCCAGAGGAAGAUACUUGGAGAAGUCAUCAAUGCCUUGAAACAAACGUGGCACGUGUCCUGUUUUGUGUGUGUGGCCUGUGGAAAACCCAUUCGCAACAAUGUUUUCCACUUGGAAGAUGGAGAGCCAUACUGUGAGACAGAUUAUUAUGCCCUUUUUGGAACGAUAUGCCGUGGAUGUGAAUUCCCCAUUGAAGCUGGAGACAUGUUCCUUGAAGCUCUGGGUUAUACCUGGCAUGAUACUUGCUUUGUGUGCUCGGUGUGUUGUGAAAGUUUGGAAGGGCAGACAUUUUUCUCCAAGAAGGACAAGCCACUUUGCAAAAAACAUGCUCAUUCUGUGAAUUUUUGAAGAUCAACAGUUCCAGGAAAGAGAAGAAAUCUGAAGAAAAAGGGGGAAAAUUUAAAUUACCAUUUAAUUUUUAGUUUUAAUAUUUAUAUGAAGUUCUAAAAUAGUAGUAGCCCUGAAUGGAUAAACGCCAACAUUAAAAACCAACUCUGUGAGAAAAUGUUUGGCUUCAGAAAGUCACAGACAGUUUGGGAUUUAUUAUGACUAGCCUGUAUUUUCUGCCCAUGAAGUAGUCUUUACAAAAAUCAAUUUCCUGACUAUUAAAUUCAUCUUAGAAUAAAUUGGUAAAGGAUUACACUUUAGAAUUAAAAACUCUAGCCUCUAUGCUGAAGUGAUACUUUCCUUGUCGGGUAGCUAUGAGAAUUCACAGAAGGCAAUACAAGUGCCUUAAACUUUAUUCAUAAGAAUAGUUGUUUAAGAAACCUAUUUUAUCUUUAAAAUAGUAAGUAAGAGUUUAAAUAAAUGUAUGAGUAGGUGGUGUCUUUUUCUUUUUAGUGUGUGUACAUGCUUUGGUUCUAUCGUUGGUUCUUUCAGUAAGACGGUCCAGGGAAGUUUUGAUCAAAGUGUGGCAUGCCGUAAGAGACACUGUGAUCUCUUAUGUUCUUCCCAAGGCUGCCAUUGUUGCUUAAAGGUUGCAGAUGCUGGUGUCCCUCCAGCUGGGGCAGUUUGCUUGCGUUGUGUGUGGCUCACUACCUGGGCUAGGCUACCAUGCUUCUUAGGCUGAGGUGAAGAUAAUUCAGUAGUGUUAGACUCCAAUAGUUGUCUUUCUCUCUCUCUUUUUUAAGAGAAUAGGUAGAAGAUAAAGGGUCUAGAAAUUGGGAAAAUAAAGCAGUUGUACCUGGAAAGUAGAAAGAGCCACUACCCCCUUUCAUAUGAUGAGCUGAUUGGUUCUUGCCAUUGUGUCACGGACUGGAGAGUUGGAAACUACUCCUUGCCCAGUAAUAUUUUUGGAUUGAGGAUUAUGAUAAGAUCCAAGUUUGUGUUGUUACUGUGUUUUUUCUUAUUUGGAGUUGUUCUGGGAUUUUGUUUGUUUGAUGUUUUUUUGUCUAGGAUUCUUUUCUAUCAGUAAGAAGUAAAUUCCCUCCAAUUGUGUGAUCAUGGAGUUAGGCAACUCUUACUCACUGGCAUUUGCUAGUGCAGGGGGUACUGUGAUCCAUUACUCACAUGGUCCUGGCAUUUGGUAGUGCAUGGGGGACUGUAAUCCAUUACUCACAUGGUCCUGUCAUUUAUUCUGUAUGAUUGGGCUGAGCAUUGUUUAGGUACCACUUGUAGUCAGGAAAGUGACCGUGAGAAAGCCGUGCAGUGUGGCUCACUGCCCAGUGAGAAAACAAAUUAUGCCAUUUAAUAUUUUUUCUCUUUGUUUCUACAAUGAAUGAAAGCCCAUGACCCUGCUGAGUUAUAGCUAAAUCUGUUGAGAGCAUGGUACUUUCAAAAUUCAGACAGCGUCCCCUGGUUCUUGCUAUCCCAUCCUUCAAGAGCACCUGUGCAUCCAUUUGUGUGUGUGUGUGUGUGUGUGUGUAUGUGUUUUAUAGAGGAGAUCUUAGGCUACAGUAUUUGUUUAACCUCCCUAAGAACUUUCAAGGUAUCUGUCCUGAAAGCUGCUAACUUAUGGUCUAGUGAAUUUAUAUUAUAUGCAGAUAAUAAUGAACUGGGGGAUAAAUGAGCAGGAAGGGUGACACACAUCACAAACCAGAAACGUCUCCAGUAGCAGCCCAGACUACCUCCUCACCUGUGCUUGUAGGGAGGCAGGAAAUGUCUUCAGAAGUCAAUGCCGCAACUUCAUGCAUUAGAUCUCAUGGCUGCUGCAGUGACCAAUAGCAGACUCACUGGCUGGGGUGCGUUAUUUCUGAUCUGAAUGUCAGGCUUUGGCUUUAUACUACAAAAUAAGUUGGUGAUUUUUUUUUUUUGAUGUGAUAGUGUUUUUUGUCUUGUAGAUGAUACACCAUGAUAUUUGACAAUUCUUUGACAUUUGCAUAUUCAAAGCAUUUUCUUUGACUUGGAUUUCUUAUAAAGUUAUCUUUCUUUAAGGAUUUCAUUUUUAUUAAACUUUAUUUCUCUGUUACUUGUGUAUAUAAUGCUGCAUUUUAUAAUGCUGUAUUUCUCUAAAUUUAAUCCCUAAAACAGUAGUGUGGCUUGCUAAUUGGCAUUGUGUCUUUAUUCUUUGCCUACCAUAUUGUAUGGCAAGUUUUGUAUCUGUUCCUAAAACAGUGGCUCCUGGGAGAUGAGUUCUCACCAUAACCAGAAGAGUCUUCUGCAGUGAGGAUCGGCAUGCUUCAUUUUCCAGCACAGACCUUUUAGUACCUGGCACAGCACUUUACCCUUCUGGCAAGCUCCCUGAGUAUUUAUUAUAAGUCUUCUGUGUCAGCAGCAUUUUUCAUUACUAUGUUUUCAACGUAGAACAUUGAGCUCUCCUCACGCUAGAUGUCUCUUUUGAAGGCUGUACUUGAUUGGCCCUGGAUGAAAACAAUAGUGCAUGAUUCUUUACGUCCCUUAUUCCAUUUCUCAUUUUUCAGACUUUGAUGGGCCCAAAUGGACACUGUUCUCUAAUUGUUCUGGAUGGCUGUUGCCUGUUGAGGUAGCAAUCUCUGUUUGUGUUCCUAGCGACUCUGUGCUUCCCAUUGGUAGGGUUACCUUCGCCUUGUAAACCUAAAGCCUACUUAUUUGGCCACAAUAUUAAAACAAAAGUAAUCAUUUGUCUGUUGAAUACUGAUAUAAAACUGUGUUUAAAAUGAUCUACAACAAAAUGCAGUCUUUUCAAGGAACCCUAGGUUAGAAGCACUUCUGUAGAAAAGUAAUUGCUGCAGUGUGAAGCCGGUGUUACAUUACUGUUUUUAGGCAUUUGCAGUUCAGUCAUCUCCAUUGGAGCGAGGGGAAACACAGAAGAUAGUUUUACGCAAAUGAACCCUCAUUUCAGUCUGCCCCUCACCUCCACACGUCUAAGGUAUUGGAUUUAGAUACGUAAUGUGUCAUUUGCCACUGUCGAUUGUUGUCUUUUGUUUCUUUGCAUUUUUAAGUUCGUGUGCAGUUGCUCUUUGCUUUUGGAUAUGUUUUCUGAUUAAAAAAAAAUCACACAAGAAAUAUAAUCUGUGUAGUGAUACUUUAAUGAGCACAUACUCAAUAAACAAUUGUAAUGGUUGA